AUGACUGCUCACCAGUCGAUUGCAUUUCAGAGAAUCAAGCCGCUGUGUGUUGACUUAUCGAGACAAGCCUUUUUACCCAAGGCAACUUUCAAUCCAAAUUCAGAUCAACUGUUGCAUGCUUUGAGAUCACUCGAGCAGGAGCUGUGUUGCUUAGAUAGGGAAGACCAGAAAUUCUCGCCCAAGUUCGCGGACUACGUAUUUGUUCCAAUAGCCAGCUUGCUGCAACAAGACUCUUUAGGGACCAGCCAGACGGAAUCAAUUCUUCUUAUCAUCAGUCACUUAUUGUCAUCAUGUUGGUCGCCCGUCGGCUCGUUUCCACAAGCCUUGGCCCAACAGCUGUUCCCACUUCUAACAUAUUUAAUAAGCAAUGAUAAAGAUAAUGCCAACCUCUUAAAAAAGCCUGCACAUUUUCAGCUGGCAGGGUGCCUUGUGCUGAAAGCACUCUUUGACGCAUUGGCGGCUCAGAAAACUCACAAAGUAUAUGACUAUUUCUUUGAUGGUAAAACUUUGCCAAGCUUGGGACACUCAGUGACAAUACUGUUAGACAUUCUACAAGGAAAUGAAAAUGAGGUUGAGUUACAACUAGCCGCCAUCGAUGCUCUGAGAGCCUUAUACCUAGAUCUGCUGGGCGAUGGAGAGAUCAUCUCCUAUAUACUCCCUGGUAACGUUUCUGCGUUUUCAAAACUACUUAUGAAGCCUGGAUUGAGUGUUAAAUCAGAUGUUGUUUGCUCUGUAAUACAAUUAUUUGGAUCAAUACUCAGUCUUGUAUAUCGUGAUUCUGAUCUGCGGAUCACUAGACGUCUUCUCACAGAUCUUCAUCAAGUGCUAGAAAGCUGUGGCUCUACAACGACAAAGGCCUACAUCGACGAGACGGCAUCUCAGAACAAAAAAAUACAUAGGGACAACAAGUGGCUAAAAGCCACUACAAGCCAGGUCAAGAUUGCACUAGAAUCCAUUUUGCCAAAACUCAUAAAGAGGGACAAUGCUAAUAUAAAUUCGGCAAUAGGAUCGUUUUUAGAAACAGUCAUGACCACAUCUAAUUUAUCUUUGAUCAACUGUGUCGAGCUGUUUGUAUCGACAACGUUAAACAUUCGUUCGGCUGGGCCAAAGUUCUUUGAGUCGCCUGAUAACUCAAGGGUAUUGAAACAUUUGCUGGAUAACCAGAUUUUGAACUUUUCAAAAACUAUUCAAUUUGAAAACAGUAAAGACUUAGAAACGUUUGGUUAUGCUUUGCGAUCGCUGAAACUCCAUGGAGAAAUCAAUUUUGAAAUGAUGAGUCGAGCAGUGACCGUGCUGUUGAGAUCUCUCAGUGAAUUUUUGGAACAAAAGAAUGUACGUUUCAAUAAAGCUAAAAUUGUGGAACAAAGCAAUUUAGUCAUAAUCGGCGAAGAUUUUUUUGCGCGUGCUGAUUCUGCGCUCCCACUGUUACCAAAACUGUCAAUUUCCUUCGAAAAGGCGCUCUCAAAUUUGCUGCUUACUAUUGGGUUUUAUGGCGGAAAAUCAUAUACCGAUCAAAUUGUAGUGACGCUACUAUCUGAGAAUUAUUCAGAGAGCCUUUACGGUAAGUCCAUAGCAGCUUGGGUGUCCAGUGUGCUGAUAAAGGGAUCAAUAGAGCAUACAGAUGAAGAAAAUGAUCUAGCGGAUAGGUUUCUAGUUUUAGAAGAUCCUUACAUGGUGGCAGGGGAGCCUUCUGAAGCUUACUAUAUGGUAUUGGAAAGCUGCUUAGAAACCUUGAACAAUUCGGUCCAGAACGGUAAAACCCUCAGUCAUAGCUCCGAAUUUCAUGUGAUCGUUGGACUUCACUCUAUAAAAUUAAUGAGCGACUCCAUGGGCGAAGCAUUUCAAGGAGAAUUGAUUGAUGUCAUAUUUCCUGUAAUGGACUGUUUAGCUUCUUCUUCUCCCGCGAUACGAAACUUUGCGCAAGCCACGACUUUAGCAAUUGCUCGAAAUCACUAUGCAGGUUCUGUGCAUGAUUUGAUAUCCGACAAUAUGGACUACUUAGUAGAUUCUAUUUCCAUCAGAUUGAAAAAUUGCAUGACGGAAAGGAUCGCUACGUUGCUUACAGUAAUUUGCCGCAUUGGCGGUUACGAAAUCAUUAGAAGUUUUAAAGAUGUCCUAGAAAUGAUCUUUAGGAUUUUGGACUAUUAUCACGGUUAUGACGAUCUUUGCGCUGAUUUUUUUCAACUGUUUGAUAUUGUGGUUACAGAGAUGAACAAGGAGUUUUUACAUGGCACAUGUGAAGUGCCCAUGCUAGGAAACGAAUUUACGGUUUCCGGCAGCUUCAGGCCGUGGGGCAUGCAAAACAUGCUUCAAGUUGUGCAGGCACUCGAUAAGACGAAAGAAGUUAACACAACAGAGGACGUUAGCGAUGUGAGUGUUGAUGAACUGGAGCCUGGUAAUUUCGAAGAAUUUUUGAAUCGGAAGCUAGAAGAAGUGGAUAGCGACGACGAGGACGAAGAAUGCGACCCCGAAAGACAAGAGAAAAAAGAUAACAAAGAGGACAAGUCUUCGGAUGCUAAGGAAAAGUGGGGUUCGCCAAUUCCUCGCGAUUCUUACCGUUUACUUCUGCAGAUUGUGGGAUAUGGCGAUCGCCUUUUAACUCAUCCUUCACGUCCGCUCAAAGUCCAAAUCUUGCGCCUGAUGUGCAAAAUAUAUCCGAUGCUUGCGACCGAAUACGAUAUGCUUCUUCCACAAGUAGCAAAGUCGUGGGAUCUAGUGGUUCAAAUUUCGUUGGAUGCCGAUUUUGCUGUUGCUAAACCGGCAUUCGAGUGCUUGCGAGAAAUGAUCAAGUGGUCGGGUGAUUUUAUUACAAAGCGAUUCAUCGACUUAUGGGACACUUACAAAACCGAGUCCGCUGUGUUGCGAAGCGUUGCUCCUAUAGGAAUGGGUACAACGCCAGACUCUCGUAGAUGGCUCUCCACAGCAAAACAUUUCCCUUCAAUUACACGCGAAGCGCUAAGCUCUCUAUCUGAAAUGGUACUAGAAGGAAUCUCUAAAACAGAACUUUUCAUUCCAGAGGUUCAACUACAGGAAAUGGUCUAUUGCUGCAUUCUUUCUUCGCCGAUGGAAAACAUCAGUUCCCGUUCCUUGAUCCUUGGUGAUAUAGUGUCACUUUUAUCAAAUCAGGAUAGUUUUGACUAA